AUGUUAAAAUUUUUAUUCACCUGCGCAUUCUUGCAUUUAUUUCCGUCCAAUUGUUCAGGUCCGAAGAAGAGUAUUACCGUUGAUAUUUCAGAAACUCCGCCAAAUGAGAUCCGGCUUUAUUCCAUGAGAUUUGGAAUUCUAGGUUCUGCUUGGAAGAUAAAACCUGAAUACGAUGACAAAUACAAGAUUGGAAAAGUUGUGGAUGGUAAGGUUAUUAUUAAGGAAGAUUCAGAGCUGUUGGAGUACAGGAACCUGAUUAUAGUUUAUAAUCCCAGUGGGACAACGUACUUGGGAAUUAACAGUACUUACAACAUUCCUGGUAUUUCUCUUGGGGUGAGUUUACGAACUUCGGGGCCAAAAGGGCCUAUGAAGUACACUGAAGUAGAGGAAUUCAUUGGGUUUGUAGAACUAAAUUACUUCAGGGAUACCGUUUCUAAAGUUAAUAGGGACGUUUCAUCUGCACAGCAGACUUCAUCACAAUGCUCUUCAGGUUCAACUCUUUGUUCUUCCCUAGAGACUAAAACAAAUUACAAGAGGUUUAAACGGAAAUGCAUAAGUUUGGAUUUAGAAAAACCAUUGGAUAUUAAUUCAGUAGUAGCCAUGUACAUUGAUGACAAUCAGACCAAAAACUACUUCAUUCCAAACAUUUACAACACGGACCUUGUCAUUUGUAAAAUAUACUUGAAAGAUUGUGUUAUUGAUGAUGCAUGCGAAAAUCUACUCGACAAGACGGUGUCCGUCAGCAAUGACAACAUCUCAGUGGAUAAAAUAAUGAAGGAUGGGAGACGAAUAAUCACCACAUUUCAGAUGGGUGAUCCCAUUGUUAUGAUUGAAGACAAGACGAUUUAUUUACUUUGA